AUGUCAGUAGAUAAUCCAUCGAACUCAGGAGGAGGUGGAGGCGCGGAAGUGGCAUUUGCCAAUCCACCAUCUAUGACCGAUAUGGGUGCUAUGGGUUCGUGGGCCGAAAUUAUGGCUGAAGAGCAGGUUGCAAAUCUCCCUGUCUGUUCAGAUGAAGAGCUGUUUUAUUAUUUUGGUGGAGAUAACGUCGUUCGCGACGUUGCAAUCUUGCCGGAUCGUCCUUAUGCAGCACGAAUUGAUUUGUUUACAUUAGAGGGAUUAAAAAGAGCUAAAGAGCUUGAUGGAAAGAAAUUUAGAGAUCGAAUCCUGAAGGUCUAUGAAAUUCGCGAAGAUAGAAUUCGGGAAAGACCAUCACAUGAAUCCCAUAAUCGUCAAUAUAGCAAUGAACCAACUAUAUAUAAUAGGGAAAGCAGCAGCAGUCGCCCCUACAAUUCUUCAAAUGAUUACCGUAAUAGUUCUCAAAAUCGCUAUCCACCGAUGGGUGGGACAUUUUCGCGUGGCAAGUACUAUAAUAGCUACGACGAUUACAACAAUGGGCGCUAUUCUUCGGGAGGACAGGCCUGUCGUGGAAACGGAGCGUACUAUCAAAGUACGUCGUAUGGUGGUGGAGGUUAUCCGCCUCGAUCUCGUGGAAUGCAAGGACGUGGCGGCUAUGGUGGUGGGCGUGGGAAUUACUAUGGAAGUCAGGAGUUGCCACGCAGUGAUAGCUACCACCAUGAUGAGAGAGAUAAACCACCAGUUAUGUCGGUCAGUAUUUGGGUGGACUUCUGUUUGAUUGUUAAAAAACUUACUAACAAAGACAUCUUUGGAGAAGCGAAGCCGGUCGAUACAUCGGAGAGGUUGCGUGAGAUUGAAGCGAAGCAAGAACGAGAGCGACUGCUUGAGCAGCAGAAGUACAAGGAAGAAGCUGAAGCAGCUCGUUUGGCUGCAGCAGCUGGACACGCAAAUGGCGCAGCAUCACAUCAACAUCAGCACCAAUAUGGCGCUCACCACGGCCAUGUUGCGCACCAUUCGUCUCACCACCAGUAUCAUCAUGCUCCUUCAAGGCCACCUGUUCCGAACCAUUCCCACCCCUCUUACGGUCUUUAUCAGUCGACGCAUGGUAUAACUCAACAUUCUCAGCAGUCCUAUACAAACUCAGCACAAUUUCAGCAACAGCAUGACGUAUCAGUGCCGACAAGCUACAGAAUAAUGCGUCGAGAUUCUGCUGACCCAACGGAUGCAAGCCCUCCGUUAGAUCCAGUGCAUGCAAAAGUGCCUGUUCAAGCACAGAUUAGGAAAGAAACCGACCAUGGCCAAGAUGUAGUUGAUGGAGUUUCUAAUCCAGAGUCUGAUGAACACGCAGCACUCUCAUCUGGACGGUUAGAUUCUGAUUCAGAUCGGCGUAACACUGGCGAUGUGAAUAUUAGUAAUGGUGUUGAAACCUUACAUAGAUCAGGACCAAAGCAUCGCGUGUAUUGCAACCCUAAGUACGUGUCAGCGCCACUUCAGAAAAGUGCAACGAUGGAUGAAAUUCGUGAAGCUGGCACUCCACAUAGAGGAAGAGGUGGACGAGGUGGACGAGGUGGUCGUGGAUUCAACCGUGGUGGUGCAGCGUCUGAUCGACGUAGCAGCUUUUCCGAAUUGGAAAAGUCAUCUGCUGCGUCAAUUACUCCAAGGAAACCGGCCGGGGCCGAUCUUGAAGGAGUGGAACGGCGGCAAUCGACCGAGGACCCCCAUGGGUCUCAUGCUUCUUUGCGUGGUGGAAGGACGGGAACAUUGCGGAAGAAUCGAGCUGGAGGUGGUGGGUACCUUCAGGAGCGAACGCAAAGAGUGUCACGAGGCGAGGAUGAACCUUGGAGCGGUUUCAAGGAUGUAGAAGCUGAUACACGAAAAGAGCAGUCGAAGCGCUCUGAGGAACGGUUGGAACAGCCGGAUGAUUUAGAGGAGAAAACAUCGACGCCACCUGUUAAGAAAGAUGGCGGUAAAGCUCUUCCAUCUACAAAUUCGCAGACCGCUUUAACUUCAUCCACUUCCUCUGUUCAAGAAAGGAAGAAGGAGAAGAAGAAAGCCAAUAAGACCGAUGAUGAUGGUGAUGUCAGCUUUCGUGAAAUCUAUGAAUUGUCACAUAGAUUUGCUGCUUUCAUACGUUCAAUGGGCUUAUCGAAAGGAGACUCGAUCCUUGUGAUACUUCCGAACUCAUCCUGGUACGCCAUUGUGUUCCUCGGUGCAGCGUUGAUUGGAUGCCCGUUGUCCGGAAUCGGCCAUCACUCCACUAUAGGUCCUGAGCACUAG